CCUGUAGUGCCACAGGGGGCAUUUCAGCUUUGCCGGGUGUUUUCCAAAUGAACACAACACGACAAAGAGCUGCAGGUGCCGGACGCCGGAGUGUGUCGCGUGUGUAGGGGUAUUAUUGUGGACUAAACCGAAGACUCCUCCGUUUCCCGCUUCUGGUUUCCUUCAAUCCUGACUCUCCCGUGUGAAAAACAAAACAUGAAGAUGUCUCCUCCAGACCGAAGGAAAUAUGUGCGUGAAUUGGCUCUGGAGAUUGCCGUAAGAGUGCUGCUCUUCGGAGUUUUCGUGUUUACAGAGUUCCUAGAGCCGUUUGAGAGGAUUAUCCAGCCUGAGGAGCUCUGGCUCUACAAGAACCCUCUGGUGGAAUCAGACCACAUCCCAAAGAGAGUCAUGUUUGCAAUUUCAUUCCUCACCCCUCUGGCUGUGAUAUUCGUGGUGAAGAUUAUACAGAGGACGGACAGGACAGAAAUUAAAGAGGCUUGUUUGGCGGUAUCUCUCGCACUAGCUUUGAACGGCGUCUUCACAAAUACUAUCAAGUUGAUAGUUGGCAGGCCAAGGCCAGACUAUUAUCAACGCUGUUUCCCUGAUGGCCAAAUUAAUGCGAAGAUGCUGUGUACUGGAGAGCCAGACCUGGUGUCUGAGGGCCGCAAGAGUUUUCCUAGCAGCCAUUCAUCCUUUGCGUUUUCUGGCCUGGGCUUCACCUCAUUUUAUUUGGCGGGCAAGCUGCAGUGCUUCACAGAUGCCGGACGCGGACGCAGCUGGCGGCUCUGUGCAAUGGUCCUUCCCCUCUACAGCGCCAUGAUGAUCGCCCUGUCCCGCAUCUGUGACUACAAACAUCACUGGCAAGAUGCUUUUGUCGGGGGAGUGAUCGGCCUGUUCUUCGCCUACAUCUGUUAUCGGCAGCACUACCCGCCCUUCCUGCACAUAGACUGCCACCUGUCCUACGCCAGUCUGGCUGCGGCCACCAUCCACAACAUGCCAGCCUCCCAGGACCAGCCUCUACCCACGGAUAAUGCCACCAGCCUGCCUCUGGAGGGCAUGACGGAAGGUCCCGUAUGACUAAUAGAGACCGGAGGCUCCCAGUCCUCUGAACAACGUGGUAUGAACCACACUUGACUGGCACUUCAACAUUCCAGUGAAUUGGACCAUGCAUUUCAUUUAGUUUCUUCUUGU